CAUUUUAAAUAUAAUAACGCAUGAGAUAGGCUAUCCAUUCCCGUAUAUAAAUGCCAUCGAUUUAAUUUAAACUCAGCGAAGAAUGCAUUGCUUACGUUAAACCAAUAGCUAUUUUCAGAGCUGAUGGAGAUGGAGAGAGAAGCAAGGAGGAAGAAGAUAAAAUCACGAGAGAUGGAUCGCAUGGCGUUGAUAACGGGUCGGAUCCAGAACCUGGACGCAACUAUUGCCAAAUCUUCUUCGUUUUCUGAUAUUCGCACAGAUGAUUUGCCCAAGCACUCGCGCUCCUCCUCUGAGCCUGCACCGCCCCUUUUGUUCCUCGACCGCACACACGGUGGAGAUGAUGAUGAUGUGCCUAACACAGACAAUGAUGAGGAUUUCUCCAAACAAAAUGCAGCUGCAUCCCUUCUUAGCAGAAACAGAUCAUCAUCAGCGCUGGUCGCCACAAGCGGCAGCUCACAUGAUGCAAAGCUUCCGAGGAAGCCAUUGGAGUAUCAUCUCAGCUCGAUCGCCCCAAGAGACAUAAAUCUCAGCAUCAUAUCCUCAGAGAAAACGCGCGUCAUCUGCUCCUUCGUGAUAGCAGUCCUUGUAGUCCUGUCUCACAUAGAUCCCACCCACAAAGUAGUGAAGUCGAAGAGCCUCAUCGCCUAUAGGCCUCUAUACGCGGUGCUGCUGAGUGAUCUGUUGAUAGUGGCUGCGACAAUGGCGCUUCUCUCUCAAGGGAGGGAGGGCGAGAAAGAAGUGAAGCUGGAGAAAGAUGUGAAUUGGGAUGGAGCUGUGAAGGUGUUGGAAUGGGGAAUCAUCUUGCAUCAGGCAGUUCGUGCAAUCUUCAUAGACUGCAGUUUGUAUUUGGCCAUUGUGAUAUGUGGCCUCUCUCUCAUGCGCUGAUUCUUGCAUUUCUCAGCUCACCAACAAGGAUGAUUUAUGAUGUAAGAGAGUAGUGAGGGGCAGUUCAUCGUGCAGACAUGAAAGCUAUAAAAGUGAUGGACCAUGUGGCUAGUUUCCACUUUUUGAGGUUACAUAUUAACUGUUUGUUAAUUGGAAAAUAUGUUGCUGCUAAUGUACAUAUUAUGAGGGUUUAGCCUUUCUCUACUUGAUGAUUUGCUAGGUGGUUAGAUGGAAAUACUGUUACUUGUCAAUUUGAUUUGACAUUAAAUUCUUUCUUGGCUAAAA